AGACAAUAGAUACAAGAAAAGGACAAGUUGUAGGUUUCUUCAUUGCAAAAAAUACGCUUAGAAACAAAUGAUAUCUCGCGUCACUGUACUAGCCUAAUCAAUGGUCCAACUCCACGACUUUCCGAGAAUGAUCCUGAUCAACAAUUUGGCCACAACUUCGUUCGCGCUGACAGACGCUUCUGAACCUGCACUUCCUCCACCGCUUUCCGAGUCUCCGUUUCUAUUUAGCAGCAAACAGCUUUAUGAAAUCUGCGAAGUUUGAAAACCCUUUACUCGACGACAUCAAUGUCGAACAUACUCUGGAAUUUAUAAUAUGUCCGUGAUGUGCUUGAUAGUAGCGCUGUUGUCCUGUUUAUGUACUUACUUCAUUUAGAUCUUGUAACAACUGCAAGAACAAGGGUUUUCAUCCAUCCUCCUUUCAUCACCCGUGCGACGGUCACCUAUCGAAAUCACUGCCGCCAUCCCACGAUUAUUGUGUGUCGACGCCAGCCAUUGCGACCUUCGCAUCGGCCAAGCCUAGUGGGUUGUCAGAUCUUAGAUUGGUGGGAAAAAAUGACGAGGAUCGCUCUAGUACUGCAGCUGAUGCUGGUUCUCCUGGAACAAGAUCUGCCAGUUCUGGUCCAAAAAUAAGCGACACUGAGCAAGGAAUACGAGAAUUCUUGAUUGCAGCAAAAGGAGAAGACGAGGAAGGUUCUGGAGCUACUUCAAAUGAGGCAGGUCGUUCUGCUGGUGAUGCUGGCGGAGGAGUGCCAGACACAUCCUCGCUGUACAUCCCAAUUCGUCCAGAAGGGACGUUGAAGAAGAUCGACACGAUGAUAGAAGAAAUCCAAGGUGGAAAGGGGGGGAUCGCGGACGAGGAAGAUAGAGGUGCUGCAAUAGGUACUGGAGCUGGUGGAAGCGAAGCUGCUGGUGGAAGCGAAGCUGCUGGUGGAAGCGAAGCUGCUGGUGGAAGCGAAGCUGCUGGUGGAAGCGAAGAUCCUAAUACAGACGAAUCUUCAGAACAAACGAGGCCAGACACUCCAGAGACAAUCAAACUCAUAGAGACUGAAGCUGUGCCAGCAUUGCGGAGCAACAUCAAGGCCUUCGGUCAGUGUGAGCAAGAAGCCCACAAAAUUCGAGAAUGGAUAUCGGAAACUGUGACGGAGUGUCGACAUAUCACGCACAAAAAGGGACUGUAUAGUCAAGAGUUAAGGCUCCUGCUCUAAUAACUAAGUACUUGUUCUUAGUCAACAUUGAUUGAUCGUCUUUGUCGAUCUUCGCUUCCAUUUUGCCUUAGGCUAUCCUCAUGAGGCACCAUCAUGUCUUUGCGACUCCGGCACCUAGCCCUAGAAAACGAUAACGAGGUUGCCCCCGCUGUAUUGUUGACAUUGAAGUUUAUCUAGCAUCGAUCCCACCUCUAAAGUCCGAAAGGGCCAAGGAGCUGCAGACGGCAGAGCGGCUUUUGAGCCCAUUCGAAGCAGAAACAGUUGCCUUGGGAAAAUGGUUGCGAGCAGGGAAAGGUAAGUUAGAGGAGAAGUUGCAAGCGCUACUGGAUCGGCUCAAGAAAGGCGGAGGCGAAGAUGUCGUUUACGCUCCUUGCGACACAAAGAAGGGGCCGCCGCCUCGACCCUGGUGCAAUUUUUUCAAGGAUCCUAUGUUGGAACGCGAAGGAGGAGAUGAUGAGGAGGGCGGCUCGUGUCCCAUGAGGAAUCCUGAGGAUCCGAUACCUCGAUUAACGGGUAAAUUAGCGCUAACUGGUGCAUUUCGAGGAAAUCUUGUGGCAGUGACGAAAGUAGACUCUUGAUUCCUUUGUUAGAAUUUCAAAAUUUGUUGCAAGGCGUGAGGAGUUGCGAUUCUCGCGAAGUCGGG